CCGCUGCUUUCGUUCAUCCUCACAACGCAAAUGGCCACUUGUAGAAUUGUAAUUCCUCUGUUCUUGCUUUUGCUCGGCAUCGCCGGAUGCUCUGCUUCUAGAUUGCUCUUCGCAGAGCCGAUUCCAUAUGGCGCCGGUCACGGCAUUGGUUCUGGCGCAGGCUAUGGCGCCGGAGGCGCUGCGGGCGGAGCGGGAGGGUAUGGAGGCGGAGGUGGCGGUGGUUCUGGUGCUGGUUAUGGCUCCGGCGCACAGUUCGUGCCGGGUUACGGCGCUGCAGGGGGGAAAGGUGCCGGCUUUGGCAGUGGUUAUGGAAGCGGCGGCGGUGCCGGUUAUGGUGCUGGCGGUGAGCAUGGAGGUGGGCUUGGUGGUGGAGGUGGAGGCGGGUCUGGAGCCGGGUAUGGGGGGGCCUCCGGCGGGGAGUAUGGUGGUUUGGGAGGCCAUGGAGGUGGGUAUGGUACUGGCGGAGGGAGCGGCGGUGGAGUAGGUUAUGGAGCCGGGGGUGAGCAUGGUGGUGGGUACGGCGGUGGUGGAGGGAGCGGUGCUGGCGCUGGUGGCGGCAGUGCAAUUGGAGAAGGCGGUGAGCACGGUGCAGGCUACGGAAGUGGUGCAGGAAGUGGGGCUGGUGGUGGGUACGGUGCCGGAGGAGAGCAUGGAGGUGCGGCCGGUGGAGGAGGAGGCGGCGGCCAUGGUGGUGGCGGUGGGAGUGCAAUCGGAGAAGGGGGAGAGCAUGGUGCUGGCUACGGAAGUGGUGCAGGAAGUGGGGCUGGUGGUGGAUACGGUGCCGGAGGAGAGCAUGGAGGUGCGGCCGGUGGAGGAGGAGGCGGCGGCCAUGGCGGUGGUGGUGGGAGUGCAAUCGGAGAAGGCGGAGAGCACGGUUCUGGCUACGGAAGUGGUGCAGGAAGUGGGGCUGGUGGUGGAUACGGUGCUGGAGGAGAGCAUGGAGGUGCGGCCGGUGGCGGAGCCGGUGGCGGAGCCGGAGGCGGCCAUGGCGGUGGAGGCGGGAGUGCAAUCGGUGAAGGGGGAGAGCACGGCGCAGGCUACGGAAGUGGUGCAGGAAGUGGGUCUGGUGGAGGAUACGGUGCCGGAGGAGAGCAUGGAGGUGCGGCCGGUGGAGGAGGAGGCGACGGCCAUGGCGGUGGCGGCGGGAGUGCAAUCGGAGAAGGGGGAGAGCACGGCGCAGGCUACGGAAGUGGUGCAGGAAUUGGGGCUGGUGGUGGAUACGGUGCAGGAGGAGAGCAUGGAGGUGCGGCCGGUGGGGGAGCCGGAGGCGGCCAUGGCGGUGGUGGUGGGAGUGCAAUCGGAGAAGGCGGAGAACACGGUGCAGGCUACGGAAGUGGCGCCGGGAGUGGGGCCGGUGGCGGAUACGGUGCCGGGGGAGAGCACGGAGGUGGUAUAGGAGGAGGCGGCGGAACCGGCGGAGGCUCUGGAUACGGUGGUGCGGGCGGUUACGGCGGAGCAGGCGGUUAUGGGAGCGGUGCUGGCGGAGGCUCGGGACUAGGAGGCGGCUAUGGUGGCGCCGGAGGCUACGGCGGCGGCUCGGCCGGUGGUUCGGGAAUAGGAGGCGGCUAUGGAGGCGCAGGCGGUUACGGUGGGGGCGCUGGCGGUGGCUCAGGGAUGGGAGGUGGCUAUGGCGGUGCUGGUGGCUAUGGAGGCGGCACAGGCGGUGGCUCGGGGAUAGGAGGUGGCUACGGUGGUGCUGGUGGCUAUGGAGGCGGCACGGGCGGUGGCUCGGGAAUCGGUGGAGGAUACGGUGGAGCCGGUGGCUACGGUGGAGGUUACCGUCCUUGAGUUGCUGGCUGAAGAAAAAAUUCGCCAAAUAAUAAAUGUAAUAAAUAAUAUAAUUAUCGCGUUAAUAUUCCAUGGGUAUUAUCCCACUCAUCUUAUAUAUUUAAAAACAUUAUGAGUUAA